AUGGACGAGGUUGACCAGAAGCAGCCCCAUACCCCGAACCCCUCGCCGGACAGUGAUGACGAGUCGCCUCCCCUCGCCAUGAAGCUUGCGGCGCAAAACGGCAAGCCUCCGAUAUCCUCCGGAUCGCCCUGGAAGCGCAAGCAAAUGAUUGACGUAAAUGCGCACGGCAGUCUCGACUUGAGCAAGCUGUCGAUGCGACGCAAUUCGAGCUACGGCAAGCUGCCCCCCGAGGCACCGGAGGCGAAGGUGUUGGUCGUUUACACCGGUGGCACCAUCGGGAUGAUGCGGAACGAGAAAAAUGCUCUGGAGCCGCGGCCGUAUGAGUUCGUACGUAAGAUCCGCCAGUACCCGAAUAUGCACGAUGACGCGUACGCAACGAAGAGGUACGGGCCGGCGAAGAAUAUGGCACCGCUGGUGCUCCCGUACGUGGAAGGCCAGCACCGACGCAUCCUGUACCAGAUUUCCGAGUACGAGCCGCUGCUCGAUUCCUCCAACAUGGGCAUCGCCGAUUGGGUGCGGAUUGCAACCGACAUCCGACAGUCGUACGAGUUCUUCGACGGGUUCGUUAUCCUACACGGCACGGAUACGCUGUCGUACACUGCGUCCGCCCUGUCGUUCAUGUUCGAGAAUCUGGGCAAGACGAUCAUUAUCACCGGCUCGCAGAUACCGAUCUUUGAGACGCGCACCGACGGGAAGGACAACUUCACGUCCGCACUCAUCCUCGCCGGGAACUACGUCAUCCCGGAGGUUUGCGUGUUCUUCAACAGUCGCCUGUUCCGAGGCAAUCGGACGGUGAAGGUGAGCAGCGAGUCGCUGGACGCAUUCAACUCACCGAAUUCGGCUCCGCUCGCCAAGAUGGGCAUCAACGUGGAGGUGGAUUAUCGCGUCAUCUUCCGGCCGUGCACGGUGGACAAGUUUACCGUGCAUCUUGAGAUGGAUGAAAACGUUGGUCUGUUGCGGCUGUUUCCGAGCAUUUCCGUCGCAACGGUACACGCGUUUCUGCAGGCACCUAUGCGGGGUGUAGUGCUGCAAACGUACGGUGCUGGUAACUUCCCGACGAACCGGGCGGACAUGAUCGAGGCACUGAAGGAGGCCAGUGCACGCCAGGUGCUCAUCGUCAACUGCACCCAGUGUAGCGAGGGCUCCGUGUGUGACCUGUACGAGACGGGUCGACAGUUGCAAGACAUUGGUAUCAUUCCCGGGUACGACAUGACACCCGAGGCGGCCCUUGCCAAGAUGUCCUACGUGCUAAGCAAAGAGGAAUGGGAUUGGGAAAUGAAGAAAAAGAUGAUGAAGAGCAAUCUUCGGGGUGAGCUGACCUGUGAAAAGCCACCGGAAAUGCAGGAGUACGAUCUCAUCGAUGCCGUGGCCCGUACGCUGCAUCUGACGUCAACCAAGGAGCUGAGCCAAUUGAAAUCGUCCCUAUUUCCGGCGAUGGUCAACACGGCGGUGUUAGCAGGAGACAUUGCCAAGCUGACGAAUUUGAAGGGUUACGGAGCGAACAUGUCGGCAGAGAACUACGACCGCCGGACGGCCCUGCACGUCGCUUGCUGCGAGGGCAACAUCGAGAUGGUACAGUAUCUGCUGCAGCAUGGUGCAGCCGUGCACAUACGCGACCGUUACGAUCGAACUCCGCUAAUGGACGCGAUCAUGCACGAUCAUCACCAAGCGAUCCGGCUGCUGAUCAAAUGUGGGGCCCAUCUGACCGGUUCGAUACGGGCGAUCGGUGAUGGGCUGUGUGCGGCUGCCGCACGUAACCAACUGACGCGCCUCGAAUCGUACCGGGUGGCCGGUGCCGACCUGUCGCAAGAGGAUUCGUGUGGUCGCACCGCCCUACACCUUGCUGCCCUGUAUGGACAUGUGGAGGUGGUACAGUAUCUGCUGAAGAACUACGCCGAAGUGAACGUGCCCGACUAUCUCGGUCUGACACCGUUGGACUAUGCGAUGAAGGUGAAUGCCGUGCCGGUGGUAGAAGUGCUUGAGGCUCGCGAUGCCGUGCGGGGGGACCAGUUGUCUUUCGAUGUUGACAAACGUCCAGCAAUGGAGGAUUCGUUCGAUUAAGGCGAACCGCGGACAGACUUCUGUAGGAAUAUGAUUGUGAUAAUUCGGAUAACGGAACAUACGGAAUGAAAUGCCAUGAGCAGACUCCAUUAUAUGUAUAUUGAAUGAACAACUUUUUUUUAUCGAAUCGUUGAUGAGCGGAUGUGUUGUACUCUCGGGAAUAAGGCCAUGAGCAGACUUCAUUGUAUAUUGAAUGAACAACUUUUUUAAUCGAAUCGUCGAUGAGCCGAUGCGUGGUAAAGCCGGGAAUAAGGCAAAUGAUUAUCCCACGUUGUGCUUAACAGUGCAGCCGAAGAGAUUUAGAACAUGUAGGGCCCAAUCAAUAAAUGU